AUGGCUACACAUCUACCGCCAGACUUGAAAAUCCCUGCCUCGGAGUCGACGGUGGCCGUUCGCAACCACCUCUCUCUCUCUCUCAACACAUCCUUAUUCUGGCAACCGCAAAUCAAAGGCCUCGAGAGCGUCGACGUCCCGGCACUCUGUUUCGUCAUAUCGCAUGAGCAACAUUGCCAGACUCGACACCUUCUUUUUGACCUCGCCGUGCGGAAAGACUGGACGAAGUGCUCCCCGGCCACCGUCAAGCUCAUCAACCAAGCCACUCGUGUUCACGUUGACAAAGAUAUUGCCGAGAUUCUCGACUCGAACACCGAAGCGGAUGAAUGUCCCGUUCGUAGCGACAGCAUCGAAGCCGUCCUCCUGUCGCAUCACCAUUUCCACCAUGUCGGUGACCCAUCAACCUUUCCCCCUUCCACCGACCUCGUCGUCGGCCCCGGCGUCACUUCCGCAUGCUGGCCAGGCUAUCCGACCAAUUCCGACGCGAUGCUGCUUGAUUCCGACAUCCACGGGCGCAGUGUUCGCGAAGUGGACUUUACGCGAGGCUCCCCUGGUUCCAGCUGUCAGAUUGGCCGAUUUCCCGCCGUGGAUUACUUCGGAGACGGUUCCUUCUAUCUCCUCGACGCACCUGGCCAUUGCCUAGGACACAUGUGUGCGCUUGCCCGAGUCACAGCGGACCGGGAGGGUCCUUCAUCCGACUCGUUUGUCCUCAUGGGCGGCGAUGCCUGUCACCACGCCGGCCUCCUUCGCCCAUCCGAGUAUCUCCCAUUAGACACGUCUCUGUCUCGGUCUCUCCUCCACUCCCACCCGAAGAACAGCACCACUGAGCCGUUCUUAGUCCCGUCUCGGGCGAUGUUCCCGCAGUACGAUCAGGCUAUGGAUACUAUCCGCAAAAUUCAAGACCUCCACGCGGCAGAGAAUGUGUUUGUCGUUCUAGCCCAUGACAGGUCUAUCGUGGAACAUGUCCCUCUGUUCCCUCAUCCGAUCAAUGAUUGGAUGGCUCGUGGCCUGGGCGUCAGAACCCGAUGGCUGUUUUGUAAGGAUUUCACGAGUGCUUAA